CAGAUCGUGAAUCCACUUUUAUGAAUACCUACCGUUGUCUUUUAGGUGAUUUGACAAUAUAAAAUUACAAUGUUAGUGCAUAUAAAUGAAAAUUCAUUUGAAUUAGCCAGUCUUUAAGUUUUUGCACUUGGUUUUCUACCCUUACAAAUCUAAGCCCUUCCUCAAGGCUAAAUUCACAAUUUGAGUGACAAUGGCAGUUAUGGCACUGACUUUCUUCAUAAUUUUCACAUCUCUUGUUUUACCAGUUGUAUCUGAUCCUAUGUUGUCAACUUAUGUUGUCCAUGUUGAUACCAAAACCAGGCCAUCUCAUUACUUAACUCAAGAUGAAUGGUAUAAUUCAAUGGUUAAAUCAGUUCUUGAAAACAAAGUGGACUCAGAUUCUACUUCUCCAAGGAUGUUCUAUUCAUAUGAUGUAGUGUUACAAGGUUUUGCAGCAAGAUUGACUGAUCAAGAAUCUGAAAAACUAAAUAAAUUUCCAGAAGUCAUUCACAUUUUCAAAGAUCAGUCUAGAAUUAAGCUUCACACUACACGUUCGCCAAAUUUUCUUGGCCUAAACACAGGUUAUGGUCUGUGGCCAAAGUCUAACUUUGGAGAUGAUGUUAUAAUUGGCCUUGUUGAUACAGGAAUUUGGCCUGAAAGUGAGAGUUUCAAAGACAAUGGUAUUGGUCCUAUUCCAACAAGGUGGAAAGGCAAAUGUAUAGAUGGAAUCGAAUUCAACGCGACGAGCAGUUGUAACAGAAAACUUAUUGGUGCUAGGAAUUUCGUUAAGGGGGUUGAGAAUGACUAUCAGCAUCAAUCGCCACGAGAUCAAAAUGGACAUGGAACACAUACUGCUUCAACUGCAGCAGGUGCAGAGGUAAAUGGAGCCAAUGUAUUUGGUUUCGCUAAGGGAAAAGCACGAGGGAUCGCGAGUAAAGCUAGGAUUGCAAUGUAUAAAGCUUGUGGGAGUAGUUCUUGUGCAGAGUCUGAUAUUUUAGCAGCUAUUGAAAGUGCUAUCAAAGAUGGUGUAGAUAUACUUUCACUCUCCUUAGGAUACGAUGAUGAUCCGUUUUAUGAAAAUCCAGUAGCAAUUGCAACAUUUGCUGCUGUUAAAAGGAAUAUAUUUGUUGCUUCUUCAGCUGGAAAUCUUGGACCUUAUCCAUUUUCAGUUCACAAUACAGCACCUUGGGUGACAACAGUUGGAGCUGGAUCACUUGAUCGCGAUUUCCCCGUUGAAAUCAAAUUAUCAAACAACAAAACAUUUAUUGGUUCUUCUCUUUAUCCAGGGAAAAUCAGUGGUAAAAGUUACUCUCUUGUUUAUGUUGAGGAUUGUUCUAGAAUGACAAUCGAUCGUUCUAAAGUUAAAGGAAAUCUUGUAGUUUGCAACACUAGUAAAAUCGAAGCUCUUAGAAAUGGGAUUGUAAUUCAGAAAGCAGGUGGUGUUGGAUUGAUUCAAUUAAAUCUUGCAACUGAAGGAGAAGGGCUUAGAGCAAUGGCUUACACAUUGCCUUCUACAACAUUGGGUUAUAAGGAAGGAAUAGAGCUUCUUUCUUAUAUCAAAUCCAAUGCUAAUCCAAGAGCACGAUUCGUGCGUCGAAAGGAUACAGUAAUUGGGAAAAAAGUUAGAGCUCCAAUUGUUGCUAGCUUUUCUUCAAGAGGGCCUAAUGUUGUUGUUCCUGAAGUCCUCAAACCUGACCUCAUUGCUCCGGGUUUGAACAUUCUUGCUGCAUGGCCAGGUGACAUUUCCCCGACACGUCUCAAGAUGGAUCCAAGAAGAGUAAAAUUCAGCAUAAACUCGGGAACAUCAAUGGCGUGCCCUCACAUAGCCGGGGUAGCUGCACUAGUCCGCGCUGUUCAUCCAGAUUGGUCCCCAGCUGCUAUAAAAUCCGCACUCAUGACUACAUCCACAGCAUUCGACAAUGCACAACUCCCUAUCAUAAAACACGAAGACAUGGAGCUAGCAACCCCGAUCAGCAUUGGUUCCGGUCAUGUGAACCCUGAAUCGGCUGUUGAUCCGGGCCUAAUAUACGACACUGAUACAUCAGACUACAUCAACCUACUAUGCAGCUUGAACUAUACAGAGAAACAAAUGAAACUUUUCACGAACGAGUCAAAUCCUUGCUCGGGUUUUACUGGAUCGCCACUUGAUCUUAACUAUCCAUCACUUUCUGUUAUGUUCAGGCCUGAUUUCUCUGUUCAUGUAGUUAAGAGAACACUAACACAUGUCGCGCUAUCUAAGGCCGAGGUGUACAAAGUAAAGAUAGUGAAUCUGAAUUCUGAAAAGGUGAGUUUAAGUAUAAGCCCAAGGAAGCUGGUUUUCAAUGUAUCUUUAAGGAAACAAAGCUAUAUGGUCAAAUUUGAGAGCCAUUAUGUAUUCAACAGCAGCAGGAAAAUAGCUGAGCAAAUGGCGUUUGGUUCGAUAUCUUGGGAGAGUGAUAAGCACAAUGUUAGGAGUCCCUUUGCUGUUAUGUGGGUUCAGCAAAAUUUCAAUAACAGUUGAUUGUACUAAUAACUUAAUGAGUAUGUACUAUGUUGUAUGUGUUAUAUAAUCGUACCUCUAGCAUCCGAGUAUGUACUAUGUUGUAUCACUGUACCUCUAGCCUUUGAGUAUGUACUAUGCUGUAUCAUCAUACCUCUAGCCUCCGAGUGUGUACUAUGUUAUAUCAUCGUACCCCUAGCCUCCGAGUAUGUUCUAUGUUGUAUCAUCGUACCUCUAGCCUACGAGUAUGUACUAUGUUGUAUGUGUUGUAUUAUUGUAUCUCUAGCCUCUGCGUAUGUACUAUGUUGUACAAUCGUA